CGAUCAAAAUAUUUUCUGCUGAUUUUUCAAUCUCGGGGCAUUCAUUUUGGUAGAGUAUCAAACUUACAAGUAGGUUUUAAAAACGCAUUUGAGUUUCAUUUCGAAAAGAAAUUUUGAAUCAAAUAUAUGCGGCUUGUUGUAGUGAAGGGUCAUAAAAAUUGAUCAAAUACGCAAUAAAAAUGAAUGGUAUUAACGAAGCCGUUUACCUAGAAGACUUAAGAUCGUUUCGCUGGGAGUUGUAUCACCGUGGGAAAUGUACGGAAAGGAUACAAUGCUUAACCCGCUACUACUGCAAGAAAUAUAAUUUCCAGCAUUUUGCAGAGGAGAUUGUAAUUGCCGGCGUUGACUUACAAAAUUUGAAUGCAGAUGUCCGACAAGAAGUCUACCUUCGCAUACCAAAUUUAUCGUACGAUGAAUUUCCAUCGAUUCUGGAAAAAGAAGACUCUCUUUGGGAUGCCAAUCGACUUUUCAUUUGUUUGCUGUAUGCAAACGAUGAAUGUUUCGUUAAAGGCGUUCGACUCAUAGCUGAAAAGCGACCAACUGACAUUUAUAACGUAUUGAUGUGCACUAGAUGUAUUCUUUGGCAAUUGAAAACCUGGCUGCAUCCUUCGGUCUAUGGUACGUUCGUGUUAGCAACCGAAAAAUUUCACGCAUCCAACAGCUUUCGUAUGGAGCCUCUGCUAGAAAAACUGAAAACAUUUGAAAAUGAUAUUCAACAUUGGAAAGACAGAAAGUUCUCAAAUGUAGUGGAUUUACUGGAUGCGCUUUUACCCGAUCCAAAGUUUCGUCACAAAAAAUUAACCGAAUAUUUCAAUCAGGAGCAAUGUGUUGAAACUUUAAUUGAUUGGGAUGUGGAUAUAGCAUAUCGUUUCCAUCAAAAUCAUACCGCUUUGUAUUAUGCCGUUGCCCGAAAUGAAAGUAAGAUCAUUUUGAAAUUGCUACAAAAAGGAUCGUUCAUUGGAAGUGCACCGCUUGAUUUACAUGUUGGGUGUUCCAAUUUAAAAGUACUUCAAGAGCAUUUCAACGAUUGCAUCACCAAAUGCGUAGAUGAUGAUCGAUUUAUCGAAAUCGAUCUCAAAAACCUGUUUUCUUCACCGAAUUCAUCCGAUAGACCCUGUGACGUUUGUGUGGAUGAAAUGAAUGCAAUUGAAAUGAUCGGAGAGUGUUGUGAACAUAAGCAUUUACUAGUUCAUCCAGUGAUCGCAAUAUUUGUACUCUUGAAAUGGAAUCAAAUGGCGUUUUUGAAUGAUGUAUCGGGCAGUGUUAAAAUGGUUCUUGCUGUAGGCACAAUCGGUAUGACGAGCUACGUUGCAGUACGACGACUCGUCUAUCAAAUUUAUUACGUAUUUUAUCGAGAACUAAAUUUUUGUGAUAAAAUUUACAACUAUUUAAAGUGUGCCAUUGAUUCAACUACCGUUAUUCUCAUAAUGUUAUUUUUCCUUGUAAACUCACCAACUAUUCGCCCGAUAUUAGCUGCAGGUUGCGUUGUAUCAAUAGCAUGUGAACUGUUCAUUUUGUCUGGAUCAUUGUUUUGGUCCUUUUCCAAGUAUUAUGUCAUGUUUUUGUACAUCGCUCGAAGUUGUUUGAGAAGUUGUCAACUAUUUCUCAUACUUCUUCCUGCAUUCACAUUUUCCUUCCAUUUAUUGCUUCGACGUGAUUCGUUGAAACACUUUGAUCAAAGUGAAAUGAAUGGAAAAGAAAUUGACUAUCAAUUUAGUAAUGUUAGGUCGACGGUGGUUAAAGUCGUUGCAAUGUUGGUAGGCGAAUUGGAAAAUGGUGGCAGUAACUUUGACUCCACGGUUCUGAGCUCUUUUUUGUAUACUGCAUUUGUGUUUCUGAUAACGAUUGUUUUCAUGAACAUGAUGAAUGGGCUGGCGGUUAGUAAUAUACAAAAACUUCAGGCCAAUGCUGAGUUAUCAUCGAUGCGGCAACGUGUUAAGUUACUCUCACAAUUUGAAGGAAUAGUAUCGAACGAGCUUCAAAACAAUCGAAAAUAUCACAACAAAUUAAUCGAGAAGCUGUUUAAAUAUUUUGCCAAAAUCAACACUUUGGACAUUUUACAUUGGCCAUCGAAAACAAAAAUUUAUAUCGGUCCAGACAAUGGAAUUUUAGUUUUGCGAAAAGACUACAAAACGGCUGAACAAGAAUCGAUUGAAUUUCAUAAGAAUGGUUCAUAUUUGCAUAGUUGGACUAGUCACUUAUUUUGCUCACAUAAGCAUCUACGGGUGCAUCCAAAGGUUGUACAUGAAGCUCGUCGAAUCAUUGAAAUGAAGGAAAGCAAACAGCGGGAACAGAAUGAAAAGAAUCAACUGAAAAAUCGGAUUGUUAACAUAGAAAAUACCUUGAAUGAAAUCAAGCAAAUGAUACAACAAAACGCCGAAAUCGCAAAACAACAUUUGACAUAUAAUACUGCGCAAAUUUGAUAACAUCUCAUGGGCACACGGAAAUCGGCUCAGUAUUAUAAUAUGAACAAUUUAUGUUUCCCCAUUUAGUAGCUUCUAAGGUCGAAAAUAUGAUGAUGAUUUUUUUUACAAGUAAAAUUCCUAAAAAUAAAUCGACAUUCAUGUUUAAUUCGCCUUAAAUUACUUUAUCGUGUUAGUAUCAAUUAAAUUAGAUUUGAUGAAGGCAGUGUUGUAAAUUUAGCCAUUUUA